GAACAUCAAAAUAUUUCGAUGAAGUUGAAAAAAAAUCGCAGACCAAGUCUCCAUCAAACACAGGAGUGAGGGAUAAAACUGUUAGGCGAAUUCAACCAGUCUUAAUUGUCAAAGAUAUUAUUCCAAAUUCUGCGGAUGAAGUUUUUGAAGACUUUCUAAAAGCCUGUGCUAAUUAUGAAAAGGCUGAUGAAGAAACUAAAGUAAUUCUUGAAAAGUUGCAAAAGAAAUACAACAAGCUUGAUUCAUUCAACAAAGAUGAUAGAGACUUCAUACUUUUUCUUCGAAAUCGCUUGAACAAUAUAACUCAUAAAAAAGCUAAAUUUUACCAAACUAUAUUUGAAGUUCGUGAGGAAAUCAGUAGACGCAUAAUUAAACUAAAAAAAGAUAAAUCAACACGAGAAAAAGGCAGUGAAUCAGACACAGAACCAAAAUAUACUAAAGACGAGUUGAAAAAAAUUAAAAUAUUAGAGAAGGUUAUAAAAGAAUGCCGAAGAAGAAUCAAAGAACUAGAAACAGCAGACGUAAUCUUUGAUGAUGAUGACGACUCAGCGUAUUUAAAGGAAGAUAGGUAUAAAAGAAAAUAUGUACAGUUAUGCCAAGCACUUAGUGAUAUAGCAAGAGAUAAAAAACUAAAAUCAGAAAUAAUGAAGAAAAAAAUUACGUUGAAUGAUAUCCAAGAUGAAAUGACCGGUAUUAAGGCCAUUGAUCAAUCUAUCAUUAACUUUGUAAAUAUUAGUAUUAGUCGGAUGAACAAAUUAAAACACAUUCAGAACUUUAAUGCUGUUCCGAAUUAUAUUGUUCCACCCGACUUUUACGAAGUAUUACAAAUUAUAGAAAAACAUGACGAAACUCGGAACCUUCAAUUUACUAAACAAGAAAUAGAAUUAUAUGGUAAGUGUAUGAGUUGUUUUCGUUGA